GUUUACUUAAUUUUUUGUGCAUAUUUUAUUACUUACUUUAUUCUUACAUUUUUCUUCAUAAACUUUACUUUUGCAUGCCUUUUAGUCACUUUUUUUUGUGACAUUCCAUUACGUACUUUAUUUUCACAUACCUUUUACUUACUUUGUUUAUACAUGUUUUAUUACUUUAUUUUUCCAUGCCUUUUAUUCACUUUAACUGUGCAUAUAUUACUCAUUACUUUAUUUUCGCAUGUCAUUUAUUCAUUUAUUUGCGUUUUUUUUAUUGCAUGCCAUUUAUUUUUACUUUAUUUUUGCAUGCUGAUUUAUUUGUCCAUAUUUUUUUUUGUGCAUAUUUUACUUUUGACUUUAUUUUUUCAUGCGUUUUACUCACUCUAUUUCUGCAUAUUUUAUUAUAAAAUUCUUUUCUUUAUGCUUUUACUCACUUUUCUUCCGCAUGCAUUAUUAGUACAGCUUUAUUUUUGCAUGCCUUUUAUUUAUUUUAUUUGUACAUAUCAUUGCUUACUUUAUUUUUGUAUGUCGUUUUACUUACUUUAUUCUUACAUAUUUCGUUGUGAACUUCAUUUUUGAAUGCUUUUUACUCAGCUUUUCUCUGCAUGUAUUAUUACCAACAUUAUUUUUGCAUGCCUCUUACUCACCUUUUUUUUUGUAACAUUUCAUUACGCACUUUAUUUUUUAUGUUUUUUACUUGCUGCAUUU